AUGUCGCUCACUCCACCCCUGUCGCCCCUGUCCACCCCACGGCUCGUCCUUUGCGCCGACGGCGGGGGAUCCAAAGUAUGCGUCGUGAUACGCAGCUCGGACGGCUUGGAGGUCAGGGGUAUCGCGGGGCCUUGCAAUGUCCAAUCUGUAGGCCACGGCCCCGCCAUCCAAACCAUCCUACUCGCCAUCUACCUCCGCUCCAUUCCCACUCCCUUCUCCUCCCGCCCGGGCUCGCCCAAACUCGGCGCCAUGCCCUUCCUCAACAUCCCCCUUUUCCAGUACGUCUGGCUCGGCCUCGCUGGUAUCAACAGCCCCAGUGAUAUCGAGGCAUUCACUCCGACGGUCCUCAAGGGACUGAAUAUCAUCGAGGAGAGGGUCAAGAUUACAAAUGGUAAGCAAGUCCAAGACAUCGCUAAUGUAGAUGUGAACCUGCUCGCUGCACCUGCGCUCCAGCUGCAAGGCAUCAAACACGUCGCUGCUGUGGUGUGCGGGACAGGCACCGUCGGACGCACCAUCGAGGUCGACACCUCUUGUCCCACAGAAGGCGCAGUCCGCCAACUCCCACUGACCGAUGUGGGCGUAAGCCGAGGCUGGGGAUGGCUUCUCUGCGACGAAGGAUCUGCAUUCUGGAUUGGCCGCCUCGCCAUCCGCUCCCUCCUCUUCCACUUUGACCGCUGUACCCGCUCCUCCAUCUACGCCUCCCCGCCCGAACCCCUCUCCCCCUUCCACCGCGACCUCCUUGCCUACUUUGGCGUCACCGACCCUAUGGAGCUCAUCGGGAUCGUCUCGCUCAUCGGCCCAUCCGCAGAAGACAUGUCUAUCGGCGAGGGCACGGCAAAGCGGAACGCCUACAUGGCCGGCGCGGCGCGUACAGUCCUGCGAUGGGCGUUUCCAGUUGACGCAUCUCCUCCCUCCCCUCCUGCGUCGGAGCGAUCCGACGAGAUGGACUCGAGCGACGCGUCGCAGAUGGAAGCGAUGAAGCUGGUCAGAAAGGCGAUUCAGCCCAUGGUGGAGAUGACGAUCGAUCUCCUCGGGGACGGGAGUGUCGUCAGGCCCGAGACGACCGUGCUGGCCCUUGGAGGAGGGCUGUGGCAGUCCAAGGGGUACAGAGGGCUGUUCCAGGAGGGAUUGAAGAAGGAGGGGGUGGAGUUUGCAAAGGUACUGCUGGUAGACGAUGCUGCUGGGGUGGGAGCGCAGGGGUUGGCUAGUGUGGAGUUCGGGGCGUGA